GUCCUUAUGGAAGUGGAAGCAAUGACAGACACUUUGGAAGCACAACAAGACCAGGAAGUGAACCUUCAGGAUGUGUUCGAUGUUGCUGUUGGGUCAGUGAUAAAUCAACUUUUGUUUGGCUAUCGUUUCGAUGAGGAGCAUGUUGGAGAGUUCCGAGACCUAAAAACAAUAAUCUCGGCUCAAAUGCGAGACUUUGCUCAUCCGUCUGCUAGUAUCGUAUUCCUCUAUCCAUGGCUUGGAAAGCUACCGUACUUCAAAGAUCUGCUCCAAACGCUGAUAAGCUAUCGUGACAGAUUCUACUCAUUUUUCGACAAACAAAUCUCAGAACAUAAGAAAAAUAUGAACUACGACACAGAUGAAGCGCAUGAUUAUGUGGAGGCAUAUUUGAAGGAGCAAAAGCGAAGGGAGGCUGAAGGAGAUGAGGAAUCUUUCAGGUAA